CGCGCACCCAGCUCGCGGGGGCCGGGCCCAGCCGCGGGGCGGGGCCGCCCCUCCGUCGCCGCUGCCUCCUCCCCCCCACCGCCGCCGCGGAGGAUGCGGACGGCCCCCGGCGGCGUCUAGCGGCCCGGGCCCGGCGCGAUGGUGCAGCAGCGGGGCGCGCGGGCCAAGCGGGACGGCGGGCCGCCGCCCCCGGGGCCCGGGCCGGCCGCCGAAGGGGCGCGCGAGCCCGGCUGGUGCAAGACCCCGAGCGGCCACAUCAAGCGGCCCAUGAACGCGUUCAUGGUGUGGUCGCAACAUGAGCGGCGAAAGAUCAUGGACCAGUGGCCCGACAUGCACAACGCUGAGAUCUCCAAGCGCCUGGGCCGCCGCUGGCAGCUGCUUCAGGACUCGGAGAAGAUCCCGUUUGUACGGGAGGCGGAGCGGCUGCGCCUCAAGCACAUGGCGGACUACCCGGACUACAAGUACCGGCCUCGCAAGAAGAGCAAGGGGGCGCCCGCCAAGGCGCGGCCCCGCCCCCCCGGAGGCGGCGGUGGCGGCAGCCGGCUGAAACCCGGGCCGCAGCUGGCGGGCCGCGGGGGCCGCCGAGCGACGGGAGGGCCUCUGGGGGGCGGCGCGGCGGCGCCUGAGGAGGACGACGAGGACGAAGAGGAGGAGCUGCUGGAAGUGCGCCUGCUGGAGACCCCCGGGCGCGAGCUGUGGAGGAUGGUCCCGGCGGGGCGCGCCGCCCGCGGACCCGCGGAGCGCGCGCAGGGGCCAUCCGGAGAGGGGGCGGCCGCGAGCGCCGCCUCCCCGACCCUGUCGGAGGACGAGGAGCCCGAGGAAGAGGAGGAGGAGGCUGUUACAGCAGAAGAGGGCGAAGAGGAGACGGUGGCGUCGGGGGAGGAGCCGCUGGGCUUUCUGUCCAGGAUGCCCCCGGGCCCCGCCGGCCUGGACUGCAGCGCCCUGGACCGCGACCCGGACCUGCUGCCCCCUUCGGGCACGUCACACUUCGAGUUCCCGGACUACUGUACCCCUGAGGUUACCGAGAUGAUCGCAGGGGACUGGCGCCCGUCUAGUAUCGCCGACCUGGUUUUCACCUACUGAGCCCAUCGUCAGCGGGGCGCGCACGCCCCCAAACCAGCUGUUUACAUACAGGAAUCAGGUAUUGGGGCCCCUCGGAGGCCGAGGCUGGCACCCCAUCUCCCGCGCAGCCUCCCCCCUCCUAGUCGUGCCCAUCCCCCCCACAGAUCCAGACAUACCCCUCCCCCGCAGACACACCCCAAGGCAGCCCAACCCCCACCUUCUCCCUGACAUCUAAGCCCCUCCCCAUCCAGUCUUGUCCCGCGUAGCCACCAGCAGCCAGCCCCCCUCGGAUACACCUCCCAUUCCUCCUACAUACCUGAACCCCUCCCCCCCACUUUGCACACGCCCCUCCUCGUGGCCGGGCGGCACGCCCCUUUGCUCCAAAAUCCCUCCGCCCUCGCCUGGGCCUGCCUUGGUGGUUAAGGGGGCGCUGCGGUCUGGCGGUCCGGCGCUCCUCCCGGUCUCCUCCUCUCCUGGAGGGGCGGGUAGAGCAUCCGUCCCCCCCGCCCCCCAUGAUCUUGAGGCCCCACCCCUCAGCUUCAACCGUCCCCUUCUUGCGCAUGCUUGAUGCUUCUUGGAGGGGGCUGGUCCCAGUUGAGCUGCAGGCCUCUGUGGCCAACUUCGAAAGGGAGGGGUCUAAUAUAGAGCAAUCCUAAGAAAUCCUUUGAUCCCGGAGCCCGUGGCUUCCUCUCGACCCAACGGGGCGUUACUGCCUUAAUGGGAGGCGCACUCAAAGGGAGAGAUAGAAACUAGCCAGCCCUAAACUCUGCAAGUGUCAACCCCUUUUCUAUGAUGGGGUCACCCACGCCCACCACCACCCUCCACCGCGUGACUGCCUUUACAGCCCAUCUUGGUCGCCGGAAACUUCCUUUCCCCAAGUGGGAAUUUGGAAUUUGGUCUUUGUCUGGAAAUCCACCAAGAUGGGAAUGUCCAAGAGAACUCAGAACCAAGAAACCUACCAGUCUGGGGACAGAGUUCCUGCUGCCCCCUCAAUCCCCCUCCUCGGGAAGUGCCCUAUCAGCUCAGGGCAUCCUUUCUGCCUGGGCUCCUCCCUAAGUCCAUCGCCCCUUCCUAUCACUCAGAUCCAGUCUCGACAACCACAGCUGCAGUAUUCAGUGGGAGAAACUGAAGCAGGUUGUUGCUAGGGUUUAGGACAGGCAUACCAGCAGACAGGGGUGGCAGGAAUGAGGCCCUCGUCUCAACAGUGGCUUGAGGAGAGGCCAGGCCAGGGCGACUGGGGACAGGGCUGAGCUAGUGGACGUGGGUGCUUUGCACCUCGGUCUUCCCUUGUAAAAAAUAGGGGUGACGCUGCUGUAGUUAGGAAGCUGUGUUGAGAUUAGGUCGCCCUCCGGAGCCCUGCCCGGGUGCCAAGUCUGCUCCACUGGUCUCCCGCUUGAGCCCCGCCCCUCUGGCCUCCUCAUCCCCUCUGCCUUCACUACCUGUAUCUCACCGGCGUGUGUUCACCUUUUGGGUGGCGCACACACACUCAUUCACACACACACAAAUCUCAGGAACAAACGGUCCCAGAGUCCUCCUCGACCCCUGCCCUGGGUCUCUGCAGGUCUCUGCCCCACGCGUUCCCUUCGCUGACAAAGCCACCAGCUGCCUCCUUAAAGCUUGGUGCUCCGGCUCUGGGCCUUUCUUGCGCUCUUUCUCUCUUUUCUCUUUCUGUUUUCUUUUUUUUUCUUUUUAUUUUCUUUUUUUAAGAAAACAAGUAACAAAAAAGACAAUGAAAAAAAACGGAAACGUCAUGUGAGUGAAGAGAUGUCACUGUCUGUGGUCUUUGGAGAACUAGUCUCGUAGCUGAGAGGAGGGAACCCCUCCUCUGGGGCGCUGGCACCCACAGCAGGACUCGCCAGUCUGAUGCCAGGACUGAAUAAAGUGUAUUUGCCCCGA